AUGGGUGACAACAACGUCAACUUGACGCUCGACGAGAUCAUCAAGGGCCAGAAGGCCCGAGGCCAGAAAAACGCUCGCCAGGCGCGCACCCAGCAGACGCCGAGUACCCCGAGGCGCAAGUUUGGCGUGGGUGUUAGGAAGGGAGCUAACACUCCGAUCCGCAAGAUCGGCGCGAACCGCGGACGAAUCAUGAAGCGUAAUUUUAACAACAGCCCGCGUCAGGCGGUCCGCGCUGGCAACCAGAAGAUCUCGCCCAGCACGCAGAAACUCGUCGAGGAAUUGGCUCUGAAAACGGUGAAGAAGGUUCUGUCGAGCGGCACGAACCCGCGCAAUCAAUUGACUAAGAAGAUCCUCGCAAGGUCUGCACCGGCCCGAGCAUUGCCUCCGGGCCGUAACCGCUUGGCCACGCUGAUCGCUCGCCACCGUCUCGCCACCGCCCCUCGCAAGGCCGUUCAAGUGGUCGAAGAGGUGCUGGACGACGACUAUGAGGAUAUGCCAUCCACUUCCCGCAACGUCGUCGUCAAGCGCAUCGUGCGCCCGACUCAGGGAGGCCGGAAGCAAGUGAUCAUCAAGAGGAUCGCCCAGAAGGCGCCGAUCCAGAACCGUGUCGUGAUUCGCCGUGCCCCACAACAGCAGCGAAGCCGCAUCCAAUUCAACAAUGUGAAUGCGCGUCAGCUUGUCCGUCAAGCCAUGCGCGAGAACAACCGGCCCGUCCAGAAGCGUCAGCAACCACAACAAAAGCAGCAGGCGCCCGGUGGCCGUGCCAUGAAUGUGAAGAAUAACAAAAUGUUCUCGGCUCUGUUCGGCGGCGGCUCGCAGAAUAAUGCCGAGCGCCUCAACGCCAACGACAGCUUCCUGGACCGUCUCGGCGCCCCCGUUCAGCGCAAGGGCCGCGGCUUUAACGCGAAGUAUAAGAAUGAAUAC